AUGAACUCCCAGUUCGAGUCCAUCCAGGCAUUCAUUGGCACAGUCCUUCAAUACUUACCACCUCCAGCAGCAGCGGCAGCACAAAACAUUUUGCAACAACCAAUUAAUCAAGACAAUAAAGAUCAAGAGAAGGUCAAUGCAAUCAGAAUAAUGCAAAAAGAAUGGAGAGUAUUAGAUACUUCAAUUACCUACGGAUAUAUACACAGGUAA